UCUGACAGGUUACGAAGCGAAAAGUAUUUUAUAAUUGGCAAUUAAAUUAAAAUUGACUCGAUGCUGGCAUAAACUCAGAGCGGUUAAAUGGAAAAAGCGAGUUCGAAGCCCCUUAGGUGGUUGCUGAUAACAGGUGGUUUGUAUUUAACCUUGAUUUCUACAUCUUUGUUUGGUUCUACAAGGGCACUGACCACAGACAGUUUGCGCUCCUUUGAGGGCAUGCGAGUAUACAAUGUUGGUGUUCUUAUGGCAUCCAGCCUUGACUCGCCGUUUGAUCUGGAACGGGCAGGACCUGCUGUGGACAUGGCACUGGAGUUGGUAAACAAGGAGUUCCUCAGCCAGCACAACAUCAGGCUUCACAAGCAGCAAGCCAGUUACCCAUCGUGUUCGGGGAACAUCGCCCCAGGUCUGGCCGCCGACAUGCACUUCAAAGCCAACGUCAUCGCUUUCAUAGGACCAGCGUGCGCCUUCGCCCUGGAACCUGUGGCCCGUCUCGCAGCCUACUGGAACCGUCCUAUUAUCACCGGCAUGGGCGACCAGCCUCCAUCUGAAACGGAGCUGUCUGUGUCAUCCGGAAUUCUGGGGCGCCUUCACAAGUGGAAGAACGACACUUCGGGGAUAUUCAAGGACAAGACGCAGUACGCAACCCUGACCAGGAUGUCGUACUGCCAGUGUCGCCUGCGUCUCGUCUUCAGCAGCAUCUUCAAACAGUUCAACUGGAGACACGUUGGGCUAAUUGUAGAUCGCUCCGACCUCUUUUCGCUCACAGUAGGCAAGAACCUGGAGCACGGCCUCAGGAAGCAGGGACUGCUGCGGUUCGUGCGAGAGCUGGACGGCAACGACGAGGAGCAGUAUGACCACUAUCUCAAGGACGCCAGCAUGUACGCCAGAGUGCUGAUCCUGAGUGUCCGUGGCGUUCUUGUGCGGAAGUUCAUGUUGGCUGCAUACUCCCUAGGGAUGACUCGCGGUGACUGGACCUUCCUGGACGUAGAGAUAUUCCAGGGUCCGUAUUGGAGUGACCAUGACUGGCAGGUAGGGGACCGACAAGACCACACGGCCAAGAAGGCGUAUGAAGCUCUUCUGCGUGUGUCACUGCUGACACCCACAAGUCCAAAGUUCCAGGAAUUUGCUGACAGCGUUCGCCGCCUGGCUCAACAGGAUUAUAACUAUACGUUCUCCGAAGGAGAAGAGGUGAACUUCUUUGUUGGCGCCUUCUAUGACGGCGUUUACCUGCUUGGUAUGGCACUCAACGAAACAUUAUCAGAAGGAGGAGACAUCAACAACGGAACCGCCAUCACACGACGCAUGUGGAACCGCGACUUUCAUGGGAUAACAGGUCACGUGAGGAUUGACGACAGUGGUGACCGAGAUGCGGAUUACUCCGUGCUGGACUUGGACCCCAUCACUGGCCGCUUCGAGGUAGUGGCGCACUACUACGGGCUGUCUCGCAACUACACGCCGGUUAAAGACAAGACUAUCCACUGGCCCGGCAGCAGGGAGGGACCCCCACCUGACAUCCCGCCCUGUGGCUUCAUGGGCAAUGACCCAGUCUGCCACAGCAAUGAAGCAUACGUGAUGAUUUUAUAUGCAUCAUUUGCCUUCGGAAUAUUCCUGUCUUUCGCCAUCACCCUGACCUGCAUAGCUUACAAAAGGAUGCAGGUCACGGCUGAUCUGAACAACAUGUCAUGGCGUGUGCGGCCAGAGGAAGUUCUUUUGGAAGUCGGAAAGCCAUUUUCAUCUCGAUUGGGCCUUCAGAAGAAUGAGCAGACGUUCGAGACUGGACUUGAGAAGCUGCACCGGGGUCGAGGCUCCGUGACGUCCUGCAGUUCUCUACCUCCCACUCGGGUCUUCACCACCGUAGGCAUUUACAAGGGAACCAGGGUGGCAAUUAAGAAGGUGACAAUCAAGAAGAAGUUGGAUAUAAAUAAUCAACUACUAUGGGAAAUAAAACAGGUUCGUGACGUGACGCAUGAGAACACUGUGCGCUUCGUGGGGGCAUGCAUAGACAGCCCGGUGGUCCUCUGUCUCACGGAAUACUGCCCCAAGGGGAGCCUCAAAGACGUACUGGAGAAUGAUGAAUUGCAACUGGACUGGAACUUCCGCAUGUCGCUCAUACACGACGUUGUCAAGGGUAUGGCAUACCUCCACGGCUCUGAGGUCGCAGUCCACGGAAAACUUCGCUCGUGCAACUGUCUUAUUGAUGGCCGAUUCGUAUUAAAGAUUUCGGAUUUUGGUCUCAAGACUCUCACCACUCCAUCCGAAAUCAUCAAGGACCAGAUGUAUUAUACGAAGCUUCUGUGGGUAGCCCCAGAACUCAUUCCCUCAACAGUUGUGCCCGGGACUCCAGCCACACAGAAGGGAGACGUAUACAGCUUCGCGAUCAUCCUGGAGGAAAUCGUCGUGAGAGGAGGACCGUUUGAAGCUGCCAGACAGUUCCUGGACCCUCAAGAGAUCAUUGCCCGGGUGGCUGCCAGAGAAACCCCUCCGUUCAGACCAGUAGUGGGGACCCGCGACUGCCCAGAAGAGCUGACGGAACUGAUGGAGCGUUGCUGGGCCGAUAACCCUGACGACAGGCCGACGUUUGAAAUGGUCAGAAGCAUUAUAAGGUGCAUCAGAAAAGGUUACUGUGAAAACUUAAUGGAUGAUCUGCUGAGACGAAUGGAACAAUAUGCCAAUAACUUGGAGGCCUUGGUGGAGGAAAAGACUGCCCAGCUGAGUCAGGAAAAGCGUCGCUCUGAAGAGCUGCUCUAUCAGGUGCUGCCCAGGCCUGUAGCUCAGCAGCUGAUGGCAGGGGAGAUGGUUCGACCGGAGCAGUUCGAGAGUGUCACUGUGUACUUCAGCGACAUCGUUGGAUUCACGGCCCUGUGCGCACAGAGCACGCCAAUGCAGGUCGUGAACUUUCUCAACGAUUUAUACAGUACUUUUGAUAGAAUAAUUGGCUUUUACGACGUGUACAAGGUUGAAACGAUUGGCGAUGCGUACAUGGUGGUGUCCGGACUGCCUCAGAGGAACGGAGAUGACCACGCUCGAGAGAUUGGCCUCAUGGCCCUGGCAAUUCUGUGCGCCGUCAACUCGUUCACUAUCAAGCAUAAACCAGAGGCACAACUUAAAAUCCGAAUUGGGAUUCAUUCAGGGCCUGUGUGUGCAGGGGUUGUUGGACAAAAGAUGCCUCACUUCUGCCUAUUUGGAGACACAGUAAACACCGCUUCAAGAAUGGAAUCCUCUGGUCAACCCCUAAGAAUCCACGUGAGUGACGACGCUAGACAAAUCCUGGACAAGUUCGGGACAUUUCAGCUGGAGCUUCGUGGAGAAGUGGAGCUUAAGGGUAAGGGCCGUGUCACAACGCAUUGGCUCUUAGGCUGCAGUGAGCCCGACCCACGGCCUCCAACUCCCCAGCCUUGUAACGGCACGCCUGAGGCCAGCCCCUAUCCGCUACUCUUCCCGACCAACAGCUGCACAAAGAGAACGACCACCGACAUUCCUGAGUUUCGAAUGACAAACUGCGAAGCCUGAUAUCACUAAUGGCACACGGACAAGUUAUAAUCUGAGUUCCUGCAAAUUGUACUAUCAAUUCAAGGGACAUAAACUGUGUAUGAAACACAAAAAUAUGCCUCAGACGGUUACGUGCACUCAACCAGGGCAUAUUUUCCUCUAGAUUUCUUCUGUAGAAUUUUAUGUUCGUUAAAUAUAGUGUAGCAAUAUACGAAACGCCACUCAAUAUGGCUCUUCAGAGUCUACUUGAAGGCACGUUACUGUAAUUAUGCCC